AUGUAUCGUGUGGAAGAUGCACCGUAUUUUAUUCGUGGCCAUUUAAUUAGUCUCGGAUUUUUGGUUGCUAUACUUGUUGCUUCGCUGAUAUUGAAAUACAUUCUAUGGCAUGAAAAUCGACGUCGAGAAGAUUUGACUCCAGUACAGCGUACACAUGAAUUAAACACAUGUGGACAAGAACCAUGCGACGCGCAUUCUGACUUUCGAUACGUAACAUAA